AUGUAUCAUGAAUGUAGUCCCCGAAUGUACGGGACUCAAUGGGAAUACUACAGGGGGAUUAGCAACUUAUCCAAGGUUGUUGGAUCAGAACAGAGUUUUGAGCCCUCAAAAUCAUCCUCCAACAUUGUAACAAUUCCUUUUCAAACUCCACCAGGUUUUUGUCCAAGUACAGCCAAAGGCCUUGAGAGCUUUCAAGAUCAAGAACAUAAACAUGAUCAGCAUCAGAUUGAAGUUCCUUCUUGGUGCUUUGAGUUUCCAAAGACAGCAACAGAUCUCGGAGAUAACUUCACCAAUACUACCACUAAACAAGAUCAACCCACUUCUCAAUUCACUAGCUCCUUGUACCCGGUUGCUGAAUCUUACCUGUCUAGCAGUGCAGAUUGUAAUUCUUGUUCUGAAAAUUAUAGUAAAUUUUCUUCUUGUUCUAAAAAACACAGUGAUUUUCAGCCAGACAAUAUGCCAUAUUACGAUCAUAUUUCACAAGAACAUGAUAAAUUGCUGAGGGAUGAUGCUGCCACAGAUGAGAGGCCCUUCGAAAUUUCCUUUCAGAGAAACCAGUUACCAUCAUGUACAAAACUAGAAAAGCAGGUUCUUCAUCGACCUUGUGGGGUUGCAUGUGGCAAUUCCAGCAACUCUGCUUCUAGGAGAGGUAAAAGAAGAAUAAGAUGGACCAAAGAUUUGCAUGAGCCAUUUAUGAUGAUUGUUAAUAGUCUUGGUGGUCCCGAAAAAGCAAAGCCUAAGGCUAUACUAGAGAUGAUGAAAUCAGAUUUGCUGUCCAUUUCUCAUGUUAAAAGUCAUUUGCAGAAAUGUAGGUCAACAAUACAGAUACCCAAAGCUUUGCUGGAAAGAUCUGAGGAAGGACAAAGAACAAAUGAGGUCAAUGAGCUUCAAGUGAAAAUCCACAUGCAAAUUGAGGAAUCACGGCAACUCCAAUUAGAAAUCCGGAAGAGUAUUGGCCAACAACUAGAGAUGCAACGAAAUUUGCAAAUGCUAAUUGAACAGCAAAGCAAGCAGCUCAAAGUAAUGUUAGAGUACCAAAAGGAAAGAACCAAACUCUUGACACAGAAUUGGAAGUGA